AUGACUGUCGAGCUUUUGUCUCAAGUGACUGGCUAUGGCGUUAUUGUUGGCUUGUCGUUUCUGUUCUGUGCUAUCAUCUUGAUAUGUGUGCGUCUGCAGAAGAGGUAUCUGUCAGAAGAUUCUGAUCAGUCGGAGAUGUUCAUGGUUGCCAACAGAUCUGUUGGAACAGGAUUGACAUGCUCUGCUGUGUUCUCAAGCUGGAUGUGGAUCAAUGAGAGUGUCUUCUCGGCGGCCUACACCUACAAAUGGGGCGUCGCGUUACCAAUAUGGUGGGCGAGUGGACUGUCGUUCCAGAUCGCUUUGAUGGCAAUUAUGGGCAUUGUAGCGAAGUUGAGGGUGCCGUACGCCCACACAUCGCUUGAAUUCAUAAGAAGACGAUACGGCAACUACGCACAUCUCAUCUUCAUCGUUCUGAACCUGAUCAACAACGUCUUCGGGUGUGGUAGCAUGAUUUUGGCCGGAUCGCAGCUUGUUACAGGCAUGACUGGAAUGCAUGUCAUCGCUGCUUGUGUCUUGAUUCCUGCUGGCGUCGUGCUGUAUACUGCUGUUGGUGGGAUCAAGGCAACUUUCCUGACAGACUUCCUGCACACCACCAUUGCCCUGGUGCUAUUACUGUACUUUUCGAUAUCCGUACUCGUCAGCCCGCACAUCGGUGGUCUAUCAGGGCUCUACGAGAAGGUUCUUGCUGCGGAUGACUACAUCGAGGGCAACUACAGGGGCUCUCUGUUGUCAUUCAAGUCGGAGCCAGCUAUCCUAUUUGGACUGGUACUCAAGUUUGGUAACCUUGCUCUUGUCCUCAUGGAUACAGCAUUCUGGCAGAAGAGUUUCGCAAGCGAAGUGCACGCGACCGUGCCAGGCUACGAUCUCGCUUCGAUUGCCAUCAUCGCGAUUCCAUGGUGCACUGGAACGAUCAUUGGUCUUUCCGCGCGUGCUAUUGAGAAGACACCAAUCUGGAUUGCAUACCCAGAGACCCUCACUCUGAAACAGGUAAACUCCGGUCUCGUCAUGCCGUACGUGCUGGAGAGUUUGCUCGGCAGGGGAGCGACGGCUGGGUUACUGGUUCUCAUCUUCAUGGCUAUUACCUCUACGAUUUCUUCGUCUAUGAUCGCUGUGAGCAGUAUCAUCUCGUUGGACUUCUUCAGAACCUACGUCAAUCCACAGGCCAGCAACAAGAAAAUCAUGCAGGUCUCACAUACCGGUGUGGUGUUCCAUGGCUGCUUCAUGGCUGGGUUUGCCAUUAUGCUGCAGUAUGCUGGGGCUACCAACAAUUGGUCGACCUACUUCCGCCCGAUCAUCGCUUGUCCGGGUAUCUUCCCGAUGAUUUUGACGAUACUCUGGGAUCGGCAGACGAAAGCUGCUGCGAAUGGUGCGCCACUUCUCGGGCUUUGCUCUGGGCUGGCGGUCUGGCUUAGUCUGUCUUGGAAAUGGGGCGGCACAAUCGACAUCAACACAACCCAAUUGCAACUCCCUGGACUGUACGCCGCAAUCACGUCGUUCUUCUCACCUUUGUUGUACUCCAUCAUCAUUUCGCUCGCCUGGCCAUCUCGAUUCGAUUGGCGUGAGUUCUUGAAAAUCGACCUCAUCGAAGACAAGAGCGUGGCGAGUAGCGAAUCGCCUAGCACACUCGCUGUUAAUCGGAUCAAAGACGCAGACAACGAGAAGAAACUCGCCGUCGAGACGCAGACCACGCCAGCCGGUCUGCCAGCCUCUGACCGUAACAGCGAAAAUAGCCUCGAGUAUGUGGUCCAUCCUUUCGACCCAGAGACGAUCCGACACAUCAAAAAAUGGCGUAGCAUCGCCGUGGGAUAUUUCAUCGUCAAUGUUCUGACCACAAUCGUGCUCUGGCCUUUGCCGCUUUAUAGAGACUGGAUCUUCACCAAGAACUUCUUUGGUGGUUGGGUGACGAUGUCGAUUAUCUGGCAGUGGCUGGCAAUCAUACUGGUUGUGAUCUAUCCUGUUUAUGAUGGGAGGCAUGCCAUUGCGAAGACCUUUCGGGGGCUGAGGGAAGAUGUGCGAGGGGCAAAGAGACGUACGGUCGGUAUUGAGCCCAAGUAG